AUGAUUGAUACAAAUAGUUAUCAGACAUGGCUUCAGUGUGAAGGUUCCGAUAAAACUUUCAAACAAGAUAUGCCACUUUAUCCUUCCAAAUUGUCAACUACAUUUCGUAUUGUUUAUUGUAAUACGCACCCUCUUUGCACCGGAGAUAGGUGCACCGGAGAUGGUGUGUGCAUUUACGAAGCAAGCUAUGGGGGUGGAUCAGUUACAAAUGGUGUUAUUGCUGAAGAACUAUUCAUUCUAGGCUCCGAUACUGGUGGCUUUGAAAGUAUCCAAUUACACAUGGGUUUUGGUCUUGUCCAACCGAAUUUCGAAAGAAGUUGGGGUAAUAAUCACCUAUACGGCAAACCUGAUAUUAUUGCAGGAAUACUUGGUUUAGGAUUAGGACAAUGGUCUUUUAUAAACCAAUUAGGUGCUACUGGACAAGGCAAAUUUUCCUACUGUUUAGAGGCGUUUAACAGUAAAAUCGAAGGAUCGGAUACAUAUUUAAGAUUUGGUGCAGAUGCGAUAAUUGGACAAGUAGGCCAAAAAGUACAGAGAACUCCCAUUGUUGUGCCUGAGCUAUUUCAACGCCGCUCUAUUACUUAA